ACUACUUAUUUAAUCUUCUUUUUGAAAUUAAUUAUAAAUAAAUAGUUUUACAAAUAAUUUGACUGGUUAUUCAAUCCUCCUAUUAAAAAAAACCUCUCACAUCUUUACAAAAACUACUCCGUCUAACACAAAUAAAAUUAUUAUAUUACUUAAUAUGAAAUGUGUAAUAAAGUUUUCCUAUUGUUUUUUUCCCCCAAGACUCCAUACAAACAAUUGAAUCACACAAAUGCCGAGUUAUACAGAUUCUAAAAAUCGUCAAACUUCUAAAAAAAAUAAAUGCCGACAAAAAUGUAAAAAGACAUGAAUUAUAUAGAAAAAUGCCACUUGACCAAAAAGAGGUCCUUUUGGCACAUCGACGAGCUAGAAGAUCAGAAUUAAAAAGACAACGAUUAUCGGAAAUUCAAUGAACAAUGAUUCGACAACAGCAUCGUCUAGCAGAUCUACGAAUAUUUCAGAUGAACAAAGGUCUCUUAUAAUAGAAUCAACACCCUCAUUAAAACCAGGUAGAGAUAAAUAGGCAUAAGUAAUUAUUACUUAAAAUUUAUUUAACAUUAAAAAUAAUGCUAUAUUACUAAAAUAACUAAUUCCUUAUUUUGGAAUUCUCCUAUACAGGAUAUACUUUCAUGGAAUCUAGCAGCUCAAAUAUUUUGCCAUUAGAAACGAGUUACAUUAAAUUAAAUGAUGUUCCAAAUUGUCAAUUUUGUAAAGCCAAAAAAUUCGAAUUUGAACCAAUUGCAUUUUGUUGUAGCAAUGGUUCUAUUCAAUUAACUUCACAUGAAAUUCCAGUAGAAUUGAAAAAACUUUAUCUAGAAAAUACAGAGGAAUCAAAAUAUUUUCAAACUUAUAUUAGAACAUACAAUAAUAUAUUUGCAUUUACCUCUCUGGGUGUAUCUUAUGACAGAAUUAGCAAAACAAACUAAUGGUAUUUGCACUUUUUGGGUUCAAGGACAAAUGUAUCAUUUUAUAAAUGACCUAAUUCCUACAAAUCAGAAAGUAAAAAAUCUGCAAUUGUAUUUCUUUGAUAGUGAAAAUGACGUAAGAAAUCGAAUGGCAUGUUCAAAUAAAAUGAAUGAGUGUAUCAUUAUAAAUUUAAUGGACGUAUUAAAAAAAAAAUCCAUAUUCUAUGUUUUUGAAAUCUUUAAUAGAUGUUCCACAACCAUCUGAUUUUUAUAUAGCACUUAAAAUGUGAUUCUGGUUUAAAUCAAUGAAUAUAUAACUUACCAACUGUAUCAGAAGUUGCAGGUAUAUGGGUAGAACAAGAUAUUAAUAAUACUAUAUCUACACCACAUAUUCAAAUAUAUACAAAAAGUGAUAGAAGUCAAUUAGUAAAUUAUUAUUAUAGAUGUUAUGAUCCAUUGCAAUAUCCUUUAUUAUUUUAUUAUUUUCAUAUGGUCAAAAUGGUUGGCAUUGUGGUAUUAAAAAAAUUAAACAUCCGUCUAGCGCAUCUAUAAGAAAAUAUUGUGAGCAAGAACACUUACCAAAUGUAAUAAAUAUGUCUUCAAUUGAUGGACUUCUUGAUAUGGAAGCUGAAGUUAUGCAAAAAGGAAAACGAAAAAGAGACGCUGUUUCUUGUCGUGAUUAUUAUUGUUACAAACUGCAAAUAAGAGAUGAUGUAAAUAUUAUCUUACACUCGGGAAGAUUAUUUCAACAACACAGUAGAUCAAUGGAUAAAAGUUGAAAGUCAAAGAUUAGAUUUUGCUUCUUUUAAUCAAGAUUUAUUUAGAGUAGAUGUAUUAGAAGGAAUCUUAGAUAUUUUACGACGUGGCAAAAGAGAAGCUUCAAAAAUAGGAAAACAAUGCAUACUACCUCUUAGCUUUACAGGAGGCCCAAGGGACAUGCGCAGACGAUAUAUGGAUGCUAUCACAUUAGUACAACGUUUUGAAAAACCUGAUAUAUUUUUAAUUAUGACAUGCAACCCUUCGUGGCUUGAAAUAGAAGAAAACCUUUUGUCAAGUGAUGAAUUACAAAAUAGACCUGAUUUGGUUAGUCCAGUGUUUAGAGCAAAGUUAGAAGAAUUGAAAAAUGAUAUACUGAAAAAACAUGUAUUUGGAAAAGUUGCAGCAUUUAUGUAUACAGCUGAGUUUCAAAAAAGAGGACUUCCUCAUGCUCAUUUCCUUAUUAUACUUGAUGAAAAUUAUAAAUUAUUAACGCCCGAAGCAUAUGAUCAAUUCGUCUGUGCUGAGUUACCUGAUGAGAAAACAAAUCCCUAUCUAUACUCACUUGUUACACAACACAUGAUGCAUGGUUCUUGCGGUAGUUUUAAUCCAACGAAUUCUUGUAUGAAGAAAAAAGGUUAUUGUAAACAUAAAUAUUCUAAAGAGUUUAUAGAAAAAACAACUAAAGGAAAAAAUUCAUACCUAAUUUAUAGAAGACGAAAUAAUGGAAAAAAUGUGAAAAUUAGAGGGCACUUCCUUGAUAAUACAUGGGUUGUUCCUUAUAAUCCAGUUUUACUCUGUAGGUUCAAUAGUCAUAUGAAUGUAGAGAUUUGUUCAGAUAUUAAAGUUGUAAAGUACAUUUAUAAAUACACUUGUAAGGGACACGAUAAAAUAGCAUUUCAUAUACAUUUUAGUGAUACGAACAUAGAGAUAGAUGAAAUAAAAGAAUAUCAAUCCGCUCGGUGGGUAUCACCGCCUGAGUCUGCAUGGAGAAUAUUUGCUUUUCCCAUUAGUGAAAUGAUGUAUAUCAUCUUCAACUACAUCUUGAAGGGCAACAAUUCGUUUCUUUCAAAAGUACAAAUAAUAUUAAAAAAAUUGUAGAUAAUCCCAUGAUUAAAAAGACAAUGUUAACUGAGUUCUUUUUAAUGAAUAGAUUAAACAAAGAUGCUAGGGACAAAUUUGUUAUAUCGCGAAUUUCCAGAAUAUUUUGUUUGGUCAAUAACAGAGAAAAUGUGGACACGUCAUAAACGCAAUCAUGUUAUUGAUCGUGUCGUGACAUGUCAUCCAACUGAAUGAGAAAGAUACUAUCUUAGAUUACUUUUAAUGAAUGUAAGAGGACCAAAAUCAUAUGAAGAUUUACGAACUGUAAAUGGAGUACGUUACAAUACCUUUAGACAAACUCUUCCGGUUCGCAGUGGAAAAAAGGAAAAUUUUAUUCGUGAAAGUUUAUUUUGCUCUGAAAUUUGGAAUCAACUUGAAAAAUUACAACUUACGAAGAAUAUGCGUGCCAAAAAGGAUCUUGCAUUUUGUGAAUAUUUAAUGAGAAUUGAUGGUAAAGAAAAAAAAAUGAUCGUGGAAAAAUUGAAAUUCCUUCCUCUCUCAUUAUUCCAUUUACUUCUGAAAAAGAAUUCUUAAAUCAGCUCUUUAGAGUUACAAAAACAACAACAAACCCAGUGUAUUCCCACAUAGUGGGGUCUGGAGAGGGUAAGAUGUAUGCAGUCCAUACCACUACCUCUGGAGAAGUAGAAAGAUUGUUUCCGAUAGAUCCCCAGCUCAAGACAAGGAAUAAUAAGCAAAUCCAUAAUAAAGCAUGGAACAAACGCCACCCACAAGGAAAAAUAUAAGGAGUAGUAAACAAAUUCGUAAUAAAGCAUGCAACAAGGUGGCAUAACAAGAAUAAUACAUCUACCAAGUAGUGCACUACCCCAACGACCCAAAUGGCACUAGUCUUCUAUCCUAAUUCGUGUUCUUCAGAUCUUCCUAUCUAGAGUCAUGUCCUCAGUGAGCUGUAACUGCUCCAUGUCCCGCCUGAUCACCUCUCUACAAUAUUUCUUCGGCUUACUCCUACCCCGCCUAAAAUCAUCCAAAGCUAGCCUCUCACACCUACGAACCGGCACAUCCGUGCCCCUCCUCAUCACGUGACCGAACCAUCUCAAUCGAACUUCCCGCAUCUUGUCCUCCACCGAAGCCACUCCAACUUUUUCCCGAAUAGUUUCAUUCCAAACUAUAUCACCCUUAGUAAACCCACACAUCCAACGCAAUAUCCGCAUUGCCGCUACCCUCAAUUUUUGAAUGUGAGAGUUCUUGACUGGCCAACACUGCGCUCCAUACAACAUGGCCGG